GUCUGGAGGCUGGGAUGCAAUGGACCUCACAUCUGCAAAGGAUGGAGUGCUGCUCAAUAACAAUAAGCUCCCAGCACUUUCUCACAUGAUUGUGUGAUGCAGAAAGGAAUGGAAAGCAAGUCUACCUCGGUCUAUAUUGCCGCAGAAGUGCGUUCAGGAUGCAGUUUUGAAUUUAAGUCGCUCCAUAGGCUGUUAUUGACAGCAGAGGGGUAACAUAUUGGUCAUUCUCGGCUGGGGGUAACUUGGGAGAGGGUGAACGAUGGCAGGCGCUAAACUCACGCCAUCUCCUUCGGAGAUAGACCCAGACGUCAAGACCGAAGCGACGAAAACACCGGAGGAGCCGACUUGGGUCAACCCGUCGAAGCCGAUACGAACGAUGGGCUCUUUUGGGAGUGAUGCUGGGCAAAGGUAUCAGGAGGAGUACAGUAUGGACUCUACCAACGCCCAGGUGCAGGUGGAGUUCUAUGUGAAUGAAAACACCUUCAAGGAGAGGCUUAAGCUGUUCUUCAUCAAAAACCAAAGGUCAAGCCUGAGGAUCCGUCUGUUUAACUUCUCCUUGAAGCUGUUGACGUGUGCCCUUUACGUCAUCAGAGUGGCUCUGGACGACCCUGAACAGGUCACUGGAGUAUGUGUCAACUGUCAGAAUAGAACAAGCACAGCCACAGCAGAAUCCACAGAAAUCACAGAAAUCAACUGGGAGUUGAUUUUCUGGGUGAACAGAAGGGUUCCUGUCUGGGCAAUACAGGUGACCGUGGCCUUAAUCAGUUUCCUGGAGGCGAUGCUCCUCACGUAUCUCAGCUACAAGGGGAACAUCUGGGAGCAGAUGUUCCAGAUCUCCUUCAUCCUGGAGAUGAUUAAUACCGUGCCAUUUAUAAUUACUAUCUUCUGGCCUCCGUUGAGAAACAUCUUCAUCCCAGUGUUUCUCAACUGCUGGUUAGCCAAGUGUGCCCUGGAGAAUAUGAUUAACGAUCUCCAUCGUGCCAUCCAGAGGACCCACUCUGCCAUGUUCAACCAGGUCCUCAUACUUAUCUGCACCCUUCUCUGUCUGGUCUUCACUGGGGCAUGUGGUAUCCAGCAUCUAGAGAGGGCCGGAAAGAACCUGACUCUGUUCAACUCUCUGUAUUUCUGCAUCGUCACCUUCUCUACGGUGGGCUAUGGUGACGUCACACCUCAUAUCUGGCCUUCUCAGCUGCUGGUGGUCAUUCUCAUUUGUGUGGCCCUUGUGGUGCUCCCGCUACAGUUUGAGGAGUUGGCCUAUCUGUGGAUGGAGCGUCAGAAGUCAGGAGGGAACUACAGCAGACACCGGGCCCAGACAGAGAAACAUGCGGUCCUGUGCGUCAGCUCUCUGAAGAUAGACUUGCUCAUGGACUUCCUCAACGAGUUCUACGCUCAUCCUAGAUUACAGGACUACUAUGUGGUGAUCCUGUGUCCUACAGAGAUGGACAUCCAGGUGCGCCGUAUCCUCCAGAUCCCCCUGUGGUCCCAGAGGGUCAUCUAUCUCCAGGGCUCAGCACUCAAAGACACAGACCUCAUGAGGGCCAAGAUGGAUGAUGCUGAAGCCUGUUUUAUCCUGAGCAGUAGGAACGAGGUGGACCGCACUGCUGCUGAUCACCAGACCAUACUGAGAGCCUGGGCUGUGAAGGACUUUGCCCCAAACUGCCCCCUGUACGUCCAGAUCCUCAAACCAGAGAACAAAUUCCAUGUAAAGUUUGCUGAUCAUGUGGUCUGUGAGGAGGAAUUCAAGUAUGCCAUGCUGGCUCUGAACUGUGUAUGUCCAGCCACAUCCACACUGGUCACACUCCUGGUGCACACCUCCAGAGGACAGGAGGGCCAGCUGUCGCCAGAGCAGUGGCAGAGGACGUAUGGACGUUGCUCUGGGAACGAGGUCUACCACAUCCGCCUGUGCGACAGCAAGUUCUUCGGGGAGUACGACGGGAAGAGUUUCACCUACGCCUCCUUCCACGCACACAAAAAGUAUGGUGUGUGUCUGAUUGGGGUGAAGAGGGAAGACAAUAAGAGCAUCCUGCUGAACCCAGGUCCUCGCCACAUCAUGUCCGCCCCAGACACCUGCUACUACAUCAACAUCACCAAGGAAGAGAACUCCUCGUUCAUCUUCAAACAGGAGGAGAAAGACAAGAAGGGCCUGCCGGUGACCGGGCUGUAUGACGCCCCCUCCAGGCUGCCUGUACACAGCAUCAUCGCCAGCAUGGUUGAUCAGGCCAAUUUUUAUGGGACGGUCGCCAUGGACCUCCAGAACCCGGCGGACCCCCCAGAGGACUGCAGCAAACUGACCCUGCCUACAGAGAACGGGGCUGGGAGCAGACGGCCCAGCAUUGCCCCCGUCCUGGAGAUAGCGGACUCCUCCUCCAUUUUGCCCUGCGACCUGCUCAGCGACCAAUCAGAGGACGAGACCAACCAAUCAGACGAGGAGGGCUCGUCGGUGUCAGACUUUGUGAAAGGAUACCCUCCCAACUCCCCAUACAUUGGCAGCUCUCCAACCCUGUGCCAUCUCCUACCUCAGAAAGCCUCAUUCUGCUGCCUUCGGCUGGACAAGGGUUGCAGGCACAACAGCUUUGAGGAUGCCAAGGCCUAUGGUUUUAAGAACAAGCUGAUCAUAGUAUCCGCGGAAACGGCAGGGAACGGCCUUUAUAACUUCAUCGUCCCUCUACGUGCUUACUACCGCCCCAGAAAAGAGCUCAACCCUAUUGUACUGCUACUAGACUACCCGCCUGACAACCACUUCCUAGAAGCCAUCUGCUGUUUCCCAAUGGUCUACUUCAUGGCCGGAACCAUAGAUAACCUGGACAAUCUGCUACAGUGUGGCAUCAUCUAUGCUGAUAACCUGGUGGUGGUGGACAAGGAGAGCACCAUGAGUGCUGAGGAGGACUAUAUGGCAGAUGCCAAGACUAUCGUCAACGUACAGACCAUGUUCAGGCUGUUCCCCAGUCUCAGUAUCAUCACCGAGCUGACCCACCCCUCCAACAUGAGGUUUAUGCAGUUCAGGGCUAAGGAUUGCUACUCCCUGGCUCUCUCCAAGCUAGAGAAGAUAGAGCGCGAUAAGGGUUCCAAUUUGGCCUUCAUGUUCCGCCUGCCGUUCGCUGCAGGCAGAGUGUUCAGUAUCAGUAUGCUGGAUACGCUGCUCUACCAGUCAUUUGUAAAGGACUAUAUGAUUCCCAUAGCAAGACUUUUACUAGGCCUGGAUACCACACCAGGGUCUGGUUACCUAUGUGCAAUGAAGGUGACAGAGGAGGACCUGUGGAUCAGGACGUAUGGCAGGUUAUUCCAAAAACUGUGUUCUUCCAGUGCAGAGAUUCCAAUAGGCAUCUACCGUACAGAGUCACACAUGUUCUCCUCCUCAGAGUCUCAAGUAUCCAUCAACGUAGAGAACACUGGUGGUGACGACCAGAGAAGCAAUCGUCGCGAGUCGUGGAAGGAGAAAACAGCUCAGCGGAACUCCACCACCAGCGAGCAAUCAGAACAUCCGUUGCUGAGGAAGAAGAGCCUCCAGUGGGCGCGGCGUCUGAGCCGUAAGAACACCAAGCCACCGAGUCGCACAGAGCGGAUCUCCCAACAGCGCCUCAACCUGUACCGGCGCUCCGAGAGACAGGAGCUGUCUGAGCUGGUCAAGAACCGCAUGAAGCACCUAGGCUUGCCCACUGUCGGAUACGAGGAUGUUGCUAAUCUUACUGCGAGUGAUGUCAUGAACCGAGUAAAUCUAGGAUAUUUACAAGAUGAGAUGAACGACCACCAGAACAGUCUGUCCUACGUUCUCAUCAACCCCCCUCCAGACACCAUGCUGGAGCUCAAUGACAUUGUCUACAUCAUCCGGUCCGACCCGCUGGCAGGGCCUGACGUGCCCGAGGAUGCGGCUCAGGGGCAGAGCAGCGGCGGCGGCCAGACGAGGCAGGACUUUGGCACAGAGACCAGGGAUGAGACCCACCUCUGAAAUCAGAUUGUGGAGGUCAUGUCGGAGGUCAUGUGAUGCUCUGAAUAUUUAGAGGUUUGUUUGAUUUAGUUCGUCGGCAUACUAGGUGGGUGGAGCUUGCUUACACUUUAGCACCAAUAGAAAGGUGUCAAGAGGGCAAACUCUGCCCAAAUGGCGCGCCUGCGAGCUACACCAAGCACACUUGGCAUGUGUGUGUGUAGACUGUGUGAAUAUCAGUUGCAAAAUCAAGUCAUGUACAGAAAAUGUUAUUCCUUAACAAGAAUUCCUGGCAGUAUUCUUACACAUCAAUCAUGAAAGUACAUGAGAACUUAUUAUUUUCCCUAUGAGCACAACCCACUGGGCCCAGACAUCAAUUCAACAUCUAUUCCACGUUGGUUCAACAUAAUUUCAUUGAAAUUAUGUAAAAAACAGUGUGAAGACUUUUAUAAGCAUUUUUUUUUAAACACUAUCUUUUACUGCUCAUUCUGUAUAACAUUUUUUUUUUUUCAAAUAUCAUGCUAUUUGUUAUUAAACAGUAUAGAAUACUUAAUGGAUGGAUGAACCUUAAUAAAUUACACCAUGCACCUACGUCAUUCUAUUUGUGCCAUACAGUUUCUGGUUCGUUAUGUAUCAGUCAAUGUUCCACGAAAGCCAAUGUUCAAUCAUUCCACAUUUCUGACAGGAUUUGAUGAAUUACAGUAGAACAAUCUUUCAGCGCCGUUUACAGCGGCAACCCUAUGUUAUGAACACUUGUUAUGAGUACUUAUAUUGCACAAUAAGAGACAAGCAUAGUUAAAGUGAUAGGUCACUCCAAAAUGAUAUCAAAAGUAAUCUGAUGUUGAGUUGGAGUGAACUAUUACUUGAAGUCUGUUAAUUUGGCCAGUACCUGGGCUUGGAGUGCAGUGUUGCAAGCUGCCUUCCAAUAUGUCAUUUCACUUGUACAGUAAAUGUAGUAUUGUGUGUGCUUUUAUAUAUUUGAAUAAUUAUUUAAGAUAUUUAUGCUGUAUUUCUGAUACUGUUUGCUUGGACUAAUAUGUGUGGUGAUAUCAUUGUAAACAUUUUUUUAUCCUCAUAGUUUGGUUCAAUGUUCUUUUGGUCAUUAUUAAGUCAAAUGAAAACAAAUGGGACUUGAAAUAUUUUUGCACUCAGCUCUGUGGUCGUUAAUAGAGCAUUAUAGCAUGACCCUUUAACCCGAAACUUUAACUAUACAAUAAAAGACUUUAGUAUUUUGCACAGUAUGAAUCAGCCUCCAUACAGUCAGUGUUAUAUAUAGUAUAUCAACUUUUAAAGGGCUGUAUUCAAUCCGAUCCACUUUAGACGACAUCCGCAUAGCGGUUGUUUUUCGGGGUUAAAGCCACAAGCAGCUCCUGGCAUACCUAAAGAGGACAUUGGCUAUUCCCAAUUUAGCGGAGACGGCAUUCACGGUAAACACUGCAUAUGGCGGCGCAAUCGGAAAUCACCAUCACGUUUCUAUCGCGGAGUCUAACGCUUCAGCUAUAAAGAUUGAAUAGGGCCCGAGGCCUUUGAGUACAUUUGCAAAGUUUUAAAUGAUCAUUGUCAUUGUAAACAACAGAAUAUAUUUUGAUAUGUGCCAUUUCUGCUUGUUUGUUAUAAAAUGUAAUAGGGAGGUAGUUCUGAACAUGCAUUGCCUGAAUGAGAUUAAGUUGAUGGAAAGGUUAGAUAAGGAAAAAAGUGGGUUAUGUCAGGCUUUUACAUUAUUUUGCAGUUUGAAUAUCUCUGGAGUAGUCCUUGAUGUGUUUUGGGAUGUAAUGUAACGCAAUGUGUCCCCAUUCCCAUUGAAGUACUGUAUGUAUGUGUAGAUCAAAUAUGUUCCAUACUAGCCAGGCCCCCAGAAGGGCAGUUUACAGAUCACCUCGUGUCCUCCCCCCUCAUCGUUGUUGUAUGUGAACGGAACCCCAAAGGAAUUCUCUUAUUGGAGUUGUUCAGUAAAAAAAUAUGUUUUUGAAGUUCAUACUGUAGUAUAGAAAGGGGCAUGCAAACACAAAAAGUAUGUUUUGAGAGAAAGUUUGCCAAACCAGAUACGUUUUCCUACAGUUAGGUGACCUGUGUGAAGUAUCACAACUAGAAAAUUAAUCAUAUCUCCCGCUUGUUAUGUCUGCAUAUCAUUAUAUGGGACCAUGCAUGUCCUCCAGACAAAAUCUUCUGUUUACCUUUAUCAUAUUCUUAGUUAAUUGUCAAAAAGGUUUUAUCCAUUUUGUACUUUUUCUUAUUCCGAAGUAUGUGUACUUCUCUACCGUGAUGUAAAAUAUGAACAAUAAAUGCUGCAUGCAGCCAGAAACAUUGGAA